AACAAUAGUUAUAUAAUUCGCGAGUCGCGUGAGUUGUUUAUGCUCGUUCAUCGGUCAACCAUUGGCGGGAAAUGUGUUUUUCUGAUGUGAAACGAUCGGUGCAACCGCUCGCCCGGAGAUCAUCUCCUACGCACGUUGCGUAUUCGGUACGUGAUGCCGGCGGCGCACCUGACGCUGCGCGAGGAGGACGUGGUACGACUAACCUUGGAGUUCCUCCACAGCCGUGACCUACACAUCUCGCAGCUUUCGUUGGAACGAGAGACAGGCGUGAUAAACGGUCAGUACAGCGACGACGUGCUCUUCCUUCGUCAGCUGAUCCUCGACGGACAAUGGGACGACGUGUUGGAGUUCAUUCAGCCGUUGGAGGCGUUGCCGGACUUCGACAUGAGAAAGUUCACCUAUUCGAUUCUCAGGCACAAGUACGUCGAACUGUUGUGCAUCAAAUCCGAGGCGAACCUGAACGCAACAGGGACGAACGGAAGUGUGGACAACGCGGUGGAGGAAGUGGUGAAGGUGUUGAGCGAUCUUGAAAAGGUUGCACCCUCCAAAGAGGAGUACAGCAGUUUGUGUCUUCUGUUGACGCUUCCACGGCUCACGGAUCACCUGCAGUACAAGGACUGGAAUCCUAGCAACGCGAGAGUCCAGUGUUUCCGGGAAGUGCAUCUCCUGGUGGAAAAGUUUCUGCCAGGUGACAGAAAGAGCACCGAUCCGGCUCAUCCUGUCAGCUCGGCGAAGAACGAUCGGCUGAUACAACUGAUAAUUAAGGGGAUUUUGUACGAGUCUUGCGUUAAUUACUGCCAGGCCAAAGCUACUGGUUCCAAGGAGAGCGAACAGGUGGAGAUGAAUUUCUCCCGAUUGUUGGACGGUUCCGUUGGCUUCAGUGAUUCCGAUUUAAGCCUGCUCUCUUGGCUGCAAAGUAUACCACCGGAAACGUUCGCCGUGCCUUUCGCGCAACGUACGUUGAACGUGGACGUGGAAAGGCUGGAGAGACCAUCGUUGGAGACUUCAUGGACGGAGCAUAUGUUGAUCACACCGAUAAAACCGAAAACCUUCCCGCAUUGCGCGAUGCCGUUUACCAGGCCGCGAUCAGCCGCCGACAUGAUGUCUCGCAGUUUAGUGCCGGCUUUAGAAGCUGGACUCGGACCAAGGAGUCCCGGUCCUAAAAAUACGCCGAUACCAUCUGCGGCGCUAAUGGCCCUGUCCACCGGUGAUAUAAACCCGAUGUCAAGAUCGUCUUUCGCGAGCUUUCAUCUGACUGGUUUUAAGAACAACAAGUUAAUGAACACCAGCGUGGAUAGGCUCUUUGAGAACGAGGGUGACGUCUUCCUUAGUUCUAGUUACGCUGAAUUUCAACAGCUGCCUUCUAUACAAGAGACGACGACCAACAGUCAGCCGAAAGCUCCGCCGAGAACGAGAGGACAGUCGAAGAGUCCGGAUGGUAUCAAAGCGGAUCCUUCCGCAGCGUCGACACCGGAGCGCAGAAUCGGUGGCAGAGAAUCUCCCGCGCCGUCAACAGCUAGGAGUUCCAGAAGAGAUUCUUUAGCCGAGAAACCAACCGGGGUCGCGGCGAAGAUCACAGAACCCUCGGUGAUCCCUGGACGGCCUUCCAUAGGCGGUGAUCAUCUGGAACAGAGCUACAAUGGAGACCUGUUCAAAGAGUAUCAAAAGCAAAAGCAGAGGCUGCAGGAGAAGUUCCAGCAGAGGGAAAGGGAGUGGGACGACUUAGUCAGACAACUGUCCGCACCGCUGCCGCCGCAGGUGGUGGAUAAUAGACUUCAGAACGAUGGUAUAAAGCAACCUUUGGGAAGCAAAGGACCAUCACCUGUUCACACGAGCACCCCUGCUAGGUCUGGUAUCCAGUCACCGAAACCUGUGAUCAAUGGAUCUGAACCUAUGGUGAGACAGAACUCGGCGUUGGGCAACGCGUUCGAUCCCAGAGUGCAGGAGAGUCAUUACGACGUCGUCAAGCCGAUAAAGCAAGAACCAAGGCAGGAAUUAGACGCCAGCAACGGAAGUAGCAACGGUGGCAGGCCGAGAUUCGUUCCUGUGACGGCAUUGGAGGAUGUGCAGGCAGUUCGAUGCGCGGAGUUUCACCCCCAUGGAAAAUUGUACGCCGUGGGAUCGAAUUCGAAGACUCUGAGAAUAUGCUCCUAUCCAAAGCUCCACGAUGUCAGAGAGGAUCAUCAGACGUAUCAGCCCACGGUUCUCUUCAAGAGAACGAAACACCACAAGGGUUCGAUAUAUUGCCUCGCAUGGACACCGGAUGGGCAGCUGAUGGCGACCGGAAGUAACGACAAGACCGUCAAACUGAUGCGUUUCAACGCUGAUACAUCGAACCUCGAAGGGCAAGAAGUCGAGCUGACGAUGCACGACGGCACAGUGCGCGACCUGUGCUUCCUGGAGGACACCUCGAACAAAUCCAGUCUGUUGAUCAGCGGGGGUGCAGGCGAUUGUAAGAUCUACGUGACAGAUUGCGCGACAGGAACACCCUUCCAGGCUCUCAGCGGCCACAGCGGACACGUUCUCACCCUUUACAAUUGGGGUGGUGCGAUGUUCGUGAGCGGUUCCCAGGAUAAAACCGUACGAUUCUGGGAUCUAAGAACGAGAGGAUGCGUCAACAUGGUCACCCCGGCUACGGUACCUGGAAGCAGGCAUUUGAUACCGUUGCAGGUUGGCAGUCCGGUAGCUGCCCUCUGCGUCGAUCCAUCCGGACGACUACUGGUUUCCGGUCACGAGGACAGCAGCUGCGUUCUCUUCGACAUACGAGGCGGUAGAACCGUGCAAUGCUUUAAACCUCAUGCUGCUGAUAUCAGAAGCAUACGCUUCUCACCUUCCGCCUACUACUUGCUAACCGGUGGAUACGAUAACAAGCUCGUUCUCACCGAUCUGCAAGGAGAUCUAACGAUGCCGUUACCCAGUGUGGUGGUAGCCCAACAUCAGGACAAAGUGAUCUCUGGACGGUGGCACCCGACGGAGUUCUCGUUCCUAAGUACCUCUGCUGACAAAACAGCAACUCUCUGGGCUCUGCCACCAGUCUAGGCUAUCUGAAACUGCAAAACGCGCGUUCGCUACUCGUUAUGCUUGUUUCUUCCUUUCAGUAAUAAUUUCCUUAUCGCUCAUGGUCGUUCGUUCUUUGCAGAGAAAUCCUUGCAGCGUAUCAUUUUAUUAUCGGUUUCUCAAUGAAAGUAAAAAACGAGACUGAAUUUUCUCGCUAUCCUAAGAUUCGUCUUCGUUUGUAUAGGAAAUCGUUGCAGGAAACAACGAUGAAGGAAGGAGCGAUCGCGAGCGAUAUCGGCGUGCGAAUUUCUUGUUAAAACGGGAAGAAAGUUUUUCCUCGUGUACUCGCGCGUGAUUCAACCAUGACCAAUUAAAAGAAAUCUUCCUUGAAAAUAUUCGCACGCAGAUGAAAAACAUCGUAACGUGUUUGCCGAGCAAACGUUGCACGCUUUGCGAAGCUCGGUUGAGAUUAAUGAAAGUUCAAUUUCGUGAUUGAACGAUGCGUCGAAGAGCAUCGACGAGUCUGGUAGGAAUCAUAAGACUGCGAAAGAACUGACGGAAUAUUAUUAAAUUCGGAGACACUCGACGGACGCGAGGUCGGGAACACCGGCGAGGAUUCGCGGACAUAGGAUUUUAAAAAAUGAAUCAUCGCGGUCGCAAUUUCAAAACGAUCGAGAAUAUUUUCUUGAGUCGAAAUCGAGCGUGUCGCUUGUUAGAUUCGUGGUGUAACGUUUGUCUCUCCAUUUUAUAGUUUCUUCGCGGUUGUGUGUUUACCUUGAUGUAAAUAAGUUAGCGGUAGCGUUAAGAGCCUCGAACCAUGGGAGACGAAAAUCUUUCCCGAAACGUCGCAAUUGCCCUUGAUUUAUUUUCUUAGUCUUUAAAUGCUCUCUUACUCCUUACCCUCUUACCCUUUCGUUGCAGAUAGAAUCUAGAUUUACUUGCAUAGAAAAUAACAAUUGCGAAGAUCUACGUUUUUCUCUGAGUUCGUCUAUCGACCUUCUUUCAUUACUCACCUUUCCUUUGUUUCAUUUAAACCUUGGAAAUAGAACAACACCGUUUCUCCCCAUGAAAAUCAUCAUCAUCCCUUGUCCUUUUAUCGAUCCCCGAAGUCACGCCAAAUAUUCGCAUAUAUUAUAUACUUCUAUGAUAUGAUAGAUUACCUAUUCGUAUUAAGAGAAUCAACGUAUUAUACGUACGCUCAUUAUUAAUCGCUAUUUUUUACCAAGAGGAUUUACCAAGAGAGGAGAAACGAGAUUUUCUCUGGACUCGAAUGAUCUCGACGCGUCCUUACGCGUCGUUAUCGUAGCACGAUAAGCAGAGAAUUCUAGCUUUUUAGAUUUAAGGUCGUCGCUUGUCGAAAUCGCCAAAGCUGUCGAAGUAGCCGGGGAAAUCGGGAAAAAAUCGAAGGAGAAAUUUCUGUUUCAACGCUUAAACGAUCGUAUUUCUCCUUGUACAUACAUGCAACGUUUUCGCGAGGAUCACGAUGUCCUUUGGGUUUUAUUUCCAGCUACAAACAAUGAGAGAACGAACCGCGUCUCGCGUGUUCUUCUUGCGAAUCAUACAUGUACCCUUCGAAUGUAAAGACUCCGAGUUGUGACGUUCGAACGAUCGCAUACAAUGACGGAAGAAAGUCAUCGCUUGUCGUGGCAAAAAGUGAUUUCGUUUUACCGCACGAUGCUGCCUUAAUAUCGUUCUUUUUUUUUCUUUCUUUCUAUCCAUUGAAUGAUCGAUCGAGCAGGAUUUCGAAGCGAAAGACAGAGUCGUGGAAGGAAGAGGAACGAGGAAGCGAGCAUCUGGCUUCUCUGUAGCAAUUUGUCGUGCCUUCUGUCGUGGCUGCUUUCGGCGAUUACACACUUAUUUUUCUAUUUUUCACGAUUUAACACAUUGUCACCCCACUGAUCACAUCUCGUUAUCCCUCACGCGUUCCUUGCACCCCUGUUUCGAAACGAUCGUAAUACCUGACGACUUCCCCAUCGAACUCGGUUAAAAAACGCUGAAUUAUGAAACCUCUUCGUUAUCUCGUACGAUAAUUACCUUAUUAUAAUAUAUACAUAUAUACAUAUGAUAUAGUAUAACUUAUAACUUUGUACUUUUCCUGUAGAUACGACAUAAUACUGUCACAUCUAAUUUAAACAAUAAAAUUUACGUUAUUAAU